CAGCACCACCAAGAAGAUCAGAUUAAAAACCAGCCUCGCCCUCGAGCCAAUCCCUUUCUCGACAGCGCUAUAAAACACCACCGAAUCACCUGCCACUACCCACACGAACAUCACAGCAGCAGCUUGUGAAGAUGAGCUCGCCGUCGCCGGUGAAGGUGAUCGGCGCGUCCGACAGCCCGUACAGCCACCGCGCCGAGGCCGCCCUGCGGCUCAAGGGCGUCCCCUACGAGCUCCUCCUGGAAGACCUGGGCAACAAGAGCGACCUGCUGCUGAAGCACAACCCCGUCCACAACAAGGUCCCCGUGCUCCUCCACGGCGAAGCGGCCAUCUGCGAGUCCCUCGUCAUCGUCGAGUACGUCGACGAGGCCUUCCCCGGCGGCCCGCCGAUCCUCCCCGGCGGCCCGCUCGCCCGCGCCGCCGCCCGCUUCUGGGCCCGCUUCAUCGACGACAAGUGCUCGAAGCCGUUCUGGCUGGCGCUGUGGUUGGAGGGGGAAGCGAGGGAGGGGUUCGAGAAGGAGUUCAAGGAGAACAUGGCGCUGCUGGAGGCGGAGCUAGGAGGGAAGAAGUUCUUUGGGGGAGAUACCGUUGGGCUCGUGGACAUUGCUGCCUGCGUGUUCGCGCACUGGCUCGGGGUCUUCGAGGAGGCCGCCGGGGUGAGGCUCGUGGCAGAUGACGAGUUCCCUCGACUGCGCCGGUGGGCGGCCGAUUACGCCGCUGAUGAGAAGGUCGGGGCGUGCCUGCCGGAUAAGCAGCAGCUGUUGAAGAAUUUCACGGCCAAGAAGGCGAUGUUCGUCGCCUCGGCCAAGGCAAUGCUGCCGAAAUAAGCGUGCAGGUGUCCGUGGAUCAGUGUAGUGCAAGUGUGUGCUGCUGGCUGUUGCUGGCCUUGCCAGAGAAAUAAAAUGGGAAGUCUGUACUGCACAAUGCGCAUCUAUAUAAUGUACUGCCUUCGUGCUCCGUCGGCACUAACUGCACAAACUUCCUUCCA